GAAUCAGGGCCUGUUUGAUUGAAUCAGUUCUCCAAUUCUAGACCUGUUCUCAGAACUGUUGUUCUUAGCGCAUCUACGAAUUCCAGUUGUAUAACUCUCAAGCAGACCGUGCUCCUAGUGUUUUUGCAAUGGAAUUGUUGUGAAAGGGUGAUCUUGCGUCGUGUAUCUGGCAACCCUGGGAGCAAGUAAAACUUUGCUGGAAGUAGUUAGAUCCGUGUGAAGUGUUCGUAGGUCGGAAUUCGCUACUGUAAUAUUUUAAUAUCGACGCGUAUUUUAGUGUACACGUGCCUUGGAGAUUUAUCACUUUAACGCACUGUUACUACCAUGUCGGACUGUGAGGAAAAAUCCGCUCAUAAAGACGCGAAAGACAUGGGGACGAACAAAAAGUCGAUUAACGGGAAUGCUCGGAGCUCCAGAGCGGUUUGUGGCGUGUGUAAGCGCUUGUACCGAGAGCCCAAACUCCUGUCGUGCCUGCACACGUUUUGCGCAGACUGUAUCCGCCAGCUCGAGGCGUUUUCCCCGCUGAGCGAGCGAGGCGCGAGUCCGGCCCGGGAGCGCGUGCUGUGUCCCGCGUGCGACAGUGAGGUGGAGCUGCCGCGCGCCGGGGUGGACGCGCUCACUACAGACCAUCUGGCGCUGGACGAGGUGUUCAUGGAGACGCUGCUGCUGGACAAAAGCGCCGUGUGCGACCUGUGCGGAGACGCCGAGGCCGAGCAGCGCUGUGAGGUGUGCAGCCACAACCUGUGUGACUUCUGCAGCCAGGCGCACAGGAGACAAAAGAGGACAUCCAAUCAUGCUAUUCACAGCUUAGAAGAACUAAAGCGCCAGGGCCGUCUGUCCAGACCUGUGCUGUGUUCACUGCACUCCGACCAGGAGUUGCGUCUUUUCUGUGAGACCUGCGAUCUCACUAUUUGCCUGGAAUGCGCCGCCACGUUUCACAGGGGUCAUUGCUGCAAUCCCAUGCAUGAGGCCGUUCAUAGGCAUGGUGACCGUAUCCGGGAGCUGGUCUCCAGGAGUCUGCGGCCUCGUCUCGUUCAUCUGGAGGAGGCUGUAAGGUGCGUGGAGGUUUCCCAGGAAGCUUUGCAGUCUCGGGCAGAGGCGAUGGCGAGUGAGAUCCAGGCCUUUGCUCAAGCCUACACAAAUGCAGUGAAAACUCACUGUCGUUCUCUUCUGCACUCCCUGGAGGAGCUGAGACUACAGAGGCGCAAUCAGCUUCAGCUGCAAAAAGCCCAGUUGCAGCAGGCACUGUGUGAUAUUCUUGGCAGUGUUGAUUUUGCUGAACGUUUACUCACAUGUGGCUCUGAGGCAGAGAUCCUCAGUGUGAAGGGAGUAACCACAAGGCGGUUAAUGAGCCUGUUGGAGUUGGUGUGCAAUCCACAAAAGACCAGCCUUAGCCAUGCCACUGGUGGCGAUAUCUGUUUCUUACCACAGGAGCUUGCAGAGCAGGUGGACGGAUUUCCCAUGGUAGGAGUUCUGCAGGCCAGGACUGUAGAUCCUAGUAGGUGCACAAUUGAAGGAGAAGGUGUACAACAAUGUGUUGAGGGCCAAAAGUGCGAGUUUACACUUAUCUGCCGGGACUCUGCAGGGGAGCUGAUGGGCAAAGGAGGUGAAUCUGUACUAGUUAGCAUAAUCCACACGGAAAAGAAAGAGUGCAAAGUGGAGACAACAGUGAUUGAUAAUAAUGAUGGGUCAUAUGCUGUCUCCUACACACCCAUGAAGCCUGGAUCCUACUCUGUGUGGGUGUGUGCCAAAGCGCAGCAUGUUAAGGGAUCACCCUUUGGGCUGACAGUCAAGAGAAAAUAUCAGCGCCACCAUGGCAUCUUCCAUUGCUGCACCUUCUGCUCUAGUGGGGGUGCUAAAGAGGCAAGGUGUGGAUGUCCUGGGACAAUGCCAGGAGGGUUCCAGGGCUGUGGUCAUGGACAUAAAGGUCACCCAGGCAAGCCACACUGGUCUUGCUGUGGUAGUGUGGUGGAGAGCUCCGAGUGUGUGCGCAGCCUCGUGUCGGGCUCUCGCCGUGGACUUGUCCGAACUGUGGAACUCUGAUAGCUACCCUCACCCAGAACCACGCAAAGAUUUCAGAGCUCUAAAAUGUAAUGAUAUAUGCAAUGCUUAUUGCCUGUGAAGCUGGUUUAUUCACCAAAAACUAUUUAGACAGCUACUUUUUUUUUCUUUCUUUACAUUAACAUCUUUUUGUAUUUAAGUAUUGAGUGAUUCUGAUGUAACUUGACGAAAGCUUUAAAAAGUUGCUAAAAUGAACACGAAUUAAGAGCAAUAAACACGAGUAAAUAUUCCCACACCAAAUAUGGAACUUUAACAGAUGGUUUUAUAAAUUUAAUUAUUUAAUUGCAUUAUUUCUAAUACUUUUGCUUAAUCUUAACUGUGUAUAAAUAUGACCCUUUUAUUCACAGCUAUUAAUUAGCAUUUAUAGAUGUUACUAAUCUGAUAUAGAAGACUUGUAGAAGUUUUAAAAGCUAUAUACUCUGUAAUUGUAUGUUUGUGCUUGUGCAUGCAUGUUUGACUAAAGAUCCCUUAUUGUUAUAUAGAGUGAUGGAUAUAAAAAUCUGUUUCUAGUUUCAAAUGUGAAUAUACAGUAUGUAAUGCUAAUUUAUGUAAUAAAGGGAGAUUUUGAAGCCUAAGGAAUGACAUAUCUUGUGUAGGAACACUGAGGAGAGUGACUUGGGAAUCUGUUUCAGGUCAAUCAUUAGGUCAUUGUGUGUAUUCUGUAGAGAUGCGUUGUAAUUGAAUAAAUUAUGUUUAAUACUGGGUGAAAAAACAAAAUUUUAGCUAAAGAGGCUAAAAUUCUAUGACUGAAAGUGUGCAUGGUUUUCUUGAUAUGGAUAU